GAAAAAAAAAAAAAAAACAGGGGAGCCUCUGAGAGAGAGAGAGAGAUUUUUUUUGUUUUCUAUUUCGAAAAAUUUGAGGGACAAUAAUAGUGGGUACUGGGUAGUAGUAUUAGGACGAGUAAGGGAUUGGCAAGUCCAACUCUCUCUUUCUUUUCAUAUUUCUUUGGCGACCAUUUUGGGUUGGGUUUUUUUUGGUACUGGUAAUAUUUUUGAUAUGGUAAAAGAGUCGGAGAUAAGGAGUGUAGAUGAUGAUGAUGAUGGGUUGUUGGAGAGGUAAAAGAUGCGAAUAGGUGACGAAAUAUAUGAUUCUUUGCGUCUUUUCUUGAGAGAAAAUUCCAGAACAAUUCGAUUUUUAGGUGAUAUUCCUCCUACUUCAAGCCUACUUGAAGCUUCUCUCUCAUGGGUUUUCUCUGCACUUUUAAGCACUGGUGGACUGGGUUGCAUUUUCUGCGUCUCCAAUCUCCACGGAGGUUAAAGCCUUGAAAAAACAAAGGCUCAAAGAUUUCAGCUUUUUGAGACAAAAGCUGAGAGCUUUAGUGGUGGUGGUGGUGGUCUUGUUCAUUUUCAUCUGGGUUUUAUUUGUUUAGCUUCAAGCUCUCUCUCUUGGCUUUGUGGUGGUACUAUAACAUGUGGGUUUCAGUUUAACUUUUUGUGAAACUUGCUUCCUUUGCUUUCACUGUCUUGCAACUUUUGAGAGAUUUGUGGCUUUGUUGUUUCACUCCAAUGGGUAGAGGAACAAGUACUUCAAAUUUGAAGUCUAGAAUCACUAGGCUGCUUCUGCUUCUGCUAUUCCUAUUCUGCUCAACUGUUCAGUGCCUAGAAACUGAGCCUCCAUCGCCGUCAAACCACCCUCACUCCAAGAACAACGAGCUUGAAAGAAUCAUUCUUAGUCUUGUGUUGGGAGUAUUGACCGGACUCAUACUUGCUCUUAUCUCUGCUUUCAUUGUCCACUGCUUUGUUCGCUACAUUAGCAGAACCCCAAUUCUCAAGGGCCCUGUAAUUUUCUCCCCGAAAAUCGCUCCGAAAACGCUCCAAUUAGCACUGGCGAGUGAGAAUCAGUUGCUUGGUUCGAGCCCAAAUGGCAAGUACUACAGGACUGUGCUUGACAAUGGGCUCAUUAUUGCAGUGAAGCAGCUGGAGCCCUUUUCGGAGUGUGGCUCACCCGAGGCUCAGAGCAAGUCUGCCAAGAGAAGGAUACAGCAGGAGCUGGAAGUGCUUGCUGGCCUGAGACACAGGCAUUUGAUGAGUUUGAGGGCUUAUGUUCGCGAGCACGAUAGGUUCUCUUUGGUUUAUGAUUUUGUGCCCAAUGGGAGCCUGGAGGAUGCUAUGAAUAGAGUUAGGGAGAAUCAGUUGCAGCUCAGUUGGGAGGUUCGGCUUCGGGUUGCAGUUGGGGUGAUUAAGGGGCUUCAGUAUCUUCAUGCAUAUGUGCCUCAGAUUAUGCAUAACAACUUGAAGCCGAGAAAUGUUAUGUUGGAUGCUGAGUUUGAACCGAGGUUGGGAGAUUAUGGGUUGGCUAAGCUCACUCCCCAUUUGGAUGGGGCAUUAUCUGGUUACACUGCUCCAGAGUGUUUCCAGAAUGACAGGUACACUGAUAAGAGCGACAUUUUCAGCUUUGGGAUGAUAUUGGGAGUUUUACUAACUGGUAGAGACCCAACUGAUCCCUUCUUUGGGGAAACAUCUAGCGGAGGAAGUUUAGGACGCUGGCUGCGGCACUUGCAGCAUGCAGGGGAGGCACGGGAAGCGUUAGAUAAGAGCCUUAUUGGGGAAGAAGGAGAGGAAGAUGAAAUGUUAAUGGCGGUGAGAAUUGCUGUCGUAUGCUUAUCAGAUGUGCCAGCAGAAAGACCCUCAAGUGAUGAACUUGUUCACAUGCUAACCCAACUGCACAGUUUUUAAAGCAAAUGUAAGUAUUUUGAUUGAAGCUCCUGUUUCUGUAGAUUUAGGGGAACUAGACUCCAGAAAUAUUUGCUUCAGGUUUUGGUCCAAAUCUGCACAUUUCUUUUAAGAAUUGUAUGCUUCCUGGUGUAUUAUGUGUAUAUUGGCUGCGAGUGAAGAAGCUGCAAGUCAGUCGGGGACACUUUCAACUUUAGAGUAACAAUGACCAGAUCAACCCAUGUGGGACACUUUCUCCAUUAUUGUGUUUUCACUUCCUAAUGAUGGUAGGGUUUUUCCGAUUGCUUUUUCCGGACAAAACUUUUUGAAUUGGGCCCUUUUAACCCAAGAUUAGACAAUUCACCAGACUUCUGCCGCAGUCACCAUUACUAUGUGUAAAUGCACAACUUCUAAAGCAUAGAAUCAAGCUUCUUAUUUUUCCAA